GCGCUGCGAGCUUGAGCGGCGCGAGGAGAUGCUAGAGGGCGCCGCGCUGCCGGCACCAUGCGCCCCCCGCCCGCGCUGGCCCUGGCCGGGCUCUGCCUGCUGGCGCUGCCCGCCGCCGCCGCCUCCUACUUCGGCCUGACCGGGCGGGAGGUCCUGACGCCCUUCCCAGGACUGGGCACUGCGGCGGCCCCGGCACAGGGCGGGGCCCACCUGAAGCAGUGCGACCUGCUGAAGCUGUCCCGGCGGCAGAAGCAGCUCUGCCGGAGGGAGCCUGGCCUGGCUGAGACCCUGCGGGACGCUGCGCACCUCGGCCUGCUUGAGUGCCAGUUCCAGUUCCGGCAUGAGCGCUGGAACUGUAGCCUGGAGGGCAGGACGGGCCUGCUCAAGAGAGGCUUCAAAGAGACAGCUUUCCUGUAUGCGGUGUCCUCUGCCGCCCUGACCCACACCCUGGCCCGGGCCUGCAGCGCUGGGCGCAUGGAGCGCUGCACCUGUGAUGACUCUCCGGGGCUGGAGAGCCGGCAGGCCUGGCAGUGGGGCGUGUGUGGUGACAACCUCAAGUACAGCACCAAGUUUCUGAGCAACUUCCUGGGGUCCAAGAGAGGAAACAAGGACCUGCGGGCACGGGCAGACGCCCACAACACCCACGUGGGCAUCAAGGCUGUAAAGAGUGGCCUCAGGACGACGUGUAAGUGCCACGGCGUGUCAGGCUCCUGUGCCGUGCGCACCUGCUGGAAGCAGCUCUCCCCGUUCCGUGAGACGGGCCAAGUGCUGAAACUGCGCUAUGACUCGGCUGUCAAGGUGUCCAGUGCCACCAAUGAGGCCUUGGGCCGCCUAGAGCUGUGGGCCCCUUCCAGGCAGGGCAGCCCCACCAAAGGCCUGGCCCCGAGGUCUGGGGACCUGGUCUACAUGGAGGACUCGCCCAGCUUCUGCCGGCCCAGCAAGUACUCGCCUGGCACAGCAGGUAGGGUGUGCUCCCGGGAGGCCAGCUGCAGCAGCCUGUGCUGCGGGCGGGGCUAUGACACCCAGAGCCGCCUGGUGGCCUUCUCCUGCCACUGCCAGGUGCAGUGGUGCUGCUAUGUGGAGUGCCAGCAAUGUGUGCAGGAGGAGCUUGUGUACACCUGCAAGCACUAGGCCUACUGCCCAGCAAGCCAGUCUGCACUGCCAGGACCUCCCGUGGCACCCUUCCAGCUGCCCAGCCAAACUGCUGGGCAGGCAGUCAUCACAUACAUGCAUAAACCAGCAUGUGCGCCAAUGCACACAAGUGUGCCACUCACCACCAUUCCUUGGCCAGCCUUUUGCCUCUCUUGAUACUCAACAAAGAGAAGCAAAGCCUCAUCCCUGAACCCAAGCAUCGCCAACCUUGUUGAGGACUUGGAGAGGAAGGCAGAGUGAGAAAGAUGUGGAGGGAAAUAAGGGAGACCAAGAGCACACCAGGACUGAAGUUUUGGAGGAGACAGAGGGCCUAUUCCAUCUUGCUUCCUGGGAUGAAUGGCUUGGCUUGGAGCCAGCAGGUUCUUGGAAGGUGAACUGCUGGGCUGGGAAUGCCAAGGCAGGCAGUGCCAGCUGGAAGUGAAGGUGGGAUCCUGGCUGGGAUGGGCCAGUUGGGUCCUGUGGCCCUGCUCAUGUGCAGUGAGCUCCAGGUGUCACACACCUCCACCACUCCCCUGGUUUUGCUGUGCCAGAGAUGGGGAGAAAGCCCAAGCGGUAGAAGCCAUCCAUUCAGAGAAAGGAGAGCUUUCUGCGCUUGAGUGAACCCAAGUGAGAUCUGUGCCCUGGAGCCCUGUGUCCUUGUUUUGGCUUUUCAAAUACGCCUCCCUUGAGGCCUUAUUCUUGUCUCGAGAGCUGGGUUAUGCACACUCACCCAGCUGUGCUCAAAAUGACCACCAGUGCAGGUAAGACAGGUGGGAGAACCAGUCACCAAGGCGAGACUCAGUGACCUGAGGUUGAACAGGGAGACAGUGGCCCCUCCCUGUGUUCCCUCCUGGUCAAAGGAAUCUUUACUCCCAGCCCAGAGGAGGACGGCGACAGCUUCCUGGUGCCUGGCAGUGACGUGGCGAGCUCAGUUUCUCAGCUGGCUCGAGACAGCUUUGGUGACUUCCUGUGGCUGGGGCCUGCCUGGUCUGUGAUGCCCCCACACCAGCUGAGUUCACAGUACUGAAGACCAGCAGGCUCAGGAGCUAUGACUUGAAGUUACAUUUCUAUUCUUAUGACUGCUUAUCUAAUUAAGGCUUUUGCCCUGGCUGGGGUUAUAGGUGCUUGAGUCCUUGCUAAGCCUGGCUCCUGGAGUGCCUAAUGGCCUCUCACUUCGCCCUCACCUUGGCUCUUACUUGAGGAGACGUGACUUUGAUAAUUUCCUCAGAUCCUGUGGACAUUUUCAGCAACACCUGCCAAGGCCCUCUGUGAAAGGAGGAGAGACUGGCACCUCCGCACAGGCACACAUGGAUGCACAGCCCCUGAACCAAACUGGGGGCUCCUGUUGCACACGCCUCUCUGGUUCAGGAUGAAGACCUUGCAGGGGUCACCUUGCUGGAGGCAUUCCAGACUUCCCCAGAGUGGGGCCCGAUGCCAGCCAGGAGGAGGUGACUUCUUUCGGGAAGCCCUUGGCCACUUUGCUGGCCUUGCCACGCCCCUCUGUCAGCUUCCUUUCUCCCUAAACCUGGAAUUGCUGACCCUUCACCGACACAGGAAACUUCAGAAUCAGCUGAAUGCUCAGAAACCUCUCCUGUGCCAGCUCCAGGACAAAGACCCACUCCCUGGGCCCCGGCCAACUCCCUGAGACCUCCAAGGGCGAGGAGGAGCUGCCCAGUCUCCAGUGGAUCCGGGCAGUCUGGUGGAUGCUGGAAGGAUUUUUGACUGCAGAGGCUCAGCUGAGAAGCCAAACUGACCUGCGCCCAUCUCAUUAAAAUGACAUUGCUGACCCAAGCACCUGGCCCACACCUUGGCAGAAGAAAAACGGGGAGAGGGCUGGUUUUCUUGUUUCUUCCACUUUCCCACAGCAUGGAGAGACUUUCUCUGCCUUCCCAAUCCAUCUUGCUCCUCUGAGACCCCAACUCUGCCUCCACCCAGGCUCAGUGCUGGGCAUAAGGCAGCAGGGACCUCACUGGCAGAACAGGGGGCCUGGGAGCAACUUGGGGGCCAGAGCACCCUGAUCCACCAACACGCCACCCACAUUCUGACUUCAUGACUGGCAGUGCCAGGGUCGCGGGAGAGCAAAGGGCAGGCUCUAAGCCAUCUAGGCAGUGGCUGGCUGCUAACAUGGACACCCCAAGUCAAUGGCACAGUGCAGGUUCGGAGGCCCCCUUGGCUUGUGGGGUCUUCUCUGUCUGUCUCUCUCCCUCUUUUCUCCUUCCUUGCUCUCAUCCCCUUCUUUUCCAGUUACCCCUAAAGACCCAUCUCUGCCCUCUUGGGGCCCCUGGGGACUAGAGUGACCACUGACCCCUCAUUCUACAGCUUUAAGGGAAAUGCUCACAGGGUAUUUUUGUCUACCUCAAAUAUAUAGUUUUUAGAGCAAAGGAGUAUAAUUUAUAUAGCUAAGAUAUAUGAGAAAGUAUUUAUAUUAUUUAUAUAGUUGCUGCAUUUCAUGGACAGCACAGGUGGGGUUUGUGUGUUUUCCCAGAAACCCUCUGGGGAGAUACAGCCUGACCUGACCGGGUCCCCCACCGAGCAGGAGGCCAAGUGGCUGGGAAGGAGGUCGAGCCAUGUGUCCCAUGACUGGGUCUGUCUCGGAUCUGGUGAGCACGUGUUCCCUCUGUGAUGAGCCCUGGUGGGCUCCAUCCAGACACUCCUUGUGAUGUUUUUAUAGAUUUUCUGCUCUUCUGGGUCAAGGCCCCCUUCUUCUGCUCUGGCAAAAGUAUCUUGCUCAUAAUAAUAAUGACAACUAGAAUGCCCACACCUGGCAUUUGUAAAGCACUUUGCUGUUCAGAAACAAAAACUUUUACCCUUUCGUCUCACUUGAUUUCUCCAUUAUCUCUGCGAGGUAGGUGGGGCCACAUUACUGUGGCCAUUUUGUAGAUGAGGCCCAGAGACGGAGAGCUGUGCUCAAAGUCACAAUGAAGAGACUUGUUCGGUGAAUAUUUACUGAACAUCUCCAUAGACCCGGCGCUAUGGGCUGACUUCUCUGAGCCCAGGAGUCCCGAAGCCUGGAUACCACUGUGAGCCCAAGAACUCAGGGAAGCAGUUCCUUCCCCAGCUGUGAUCCCGGCCUUUCGGAUCUGGAUGGCAUGUUGGCACUUCCUCCAAGUGGAGUCCCAUGUCUCAGGGGCUGAGGCUGCCUGAGAAGGCUGGAGAGACCAGAACCCCACGGAGGCCACUCCAAGGGGUCCUUCUGCCCACAUCGCCCAAGAAGGUUGGGCUACACCACCGGGCCCCUCCCAACCUACAGAUGAAUUGUGUUUGCUCUCAUUUGUGUUUUGCUUGUAAAAAUUCGUUGUUUUCCACUGGAUUUCUGGCUGCUUUAGCAAAAGUCAGCUGCGCUGGCAGACUGGGCCUGCAUUUCCUCCUGGCCACAGGCAGCUAGAGCGAGGGAGUCUGUUGGCCAGGAUGCCCCGAGUGCCCCCAUCGCUCAUGGAUGCUCCUGCCUGCCUCUCAAGAGCACAUAGUCCUGUCCCCUGGUCUAGAUAAGCCCAGCUUUCCUGGUACCCUUCAUCACUGGCAGACAGACAGCCCCGUGCCAACCCUGGAGAUUACUUGCUUUCGAACCUUUCCUUUCUCAAAAACCAUGAACUUCCAAUGCUUUUUGUCUCAGGACACUUUAGAAUAACAAUGGAAACCAUCACUUAUUGAGCGCCCCUUAUGUCCAUUUAUUCAACCAACGAUUAUUUCGGGAUCUCUUAUUGAGUGCCAGGCAGCAUCCCGGGUGCUUGGUACAGCAAGGAACAGGACCAAGUCUCUGCCUCAUGGGGCUGACAUCCUAGUGGGUGAGAAAGACAAUAAACCAAUAAAUGACAUGCCAGUUAUUUGCA